AUGCAUCCCGAGUACCAUCAAGGCAUGCGACUCGAGGUGAUUCCAGAUGACACACUCCAGCAGAUGAUCAUACCUGGUCCGCUUCAAACCGCAGGCUCCGAAGCCGACAACAAGCCCCGUCUCACGGCCAAAGCGAAAUCAACCCACAAACCCAAGGGAUCCAGCUGGACCUACGCGAAGAAGCCCUCAAUUGCCGCAGCAACCAUCAUCGCAUCAGUCACGUUCUUCGCCAUCGUCUUCCUACUGAUAUGGUACUUCAAACGAAAGAGACAACAAAAAGCUCGCCAACGUCUCAACACGGAGAAUCAACUUGAAGACCCGUUCAACGUGUCCAGUCUCGUCUUGAAUGAAGACACAAGCAAAAGCCUUGACGAAUUUCUCCUGAAAGAUAUUGAGCCCGAACGCACAUCCUUGAUGUUCAGCCGUAGCCGCUCACCGUCCUUCACGUUUGUCGUCGAUGAGAGUUAUCGACGGAAUCCUACAAGGCUUUACCGUGGUAACUACGAUGCGUCGUCUAUGGAUUUCAGCAAGCUCGAUUCCCUGACUAGGGUCACGACAGACGGGCGCAGCAUGGGGCUCUCGGAAUUGACACCGACCACAUCGAGUAGCUCUGGUGCUGGCGCUGGCCCUGCUCCAGAUUUCAGUUCUGGCUCUGGCUCUGGUUCUGGCUCUGGUUCUAGCUCUGGUUCUGGUUCUGGUUCUGGCUCCGGUUCUAAUUAUACGCAAGUACCGGUCCAAACAUCAACCUCGCGAUUGUCGAGGGCUUUGACGGGUGCCCCGACUGCUCGAUCUUCCACAUGGACUACGACAAGUGCAUCGUCCAAAUCGUCUGUCGGUCCCGAUAUCAUACAACAGGACUCAAUUCACUGCCAGAAUUUUGCUAAUGUGGGGGCUGUGGUGUCUCGCCCACAUGAUGUGAGCACUAGGAACAUCCCCGUUCGCUCGAUGGUGUGUUCCAACCCGUCAAAUGCAUCCCGGGCUUCGAGUCGGGUUUCUGUUUCCAAUCUGAGAUACUCGGCUGGGCGCGCUGAGCAGCCGGAGAGCUCGCAGACGGUAUAUGUUGAGUCUCAGCGAGGAAGCAUGUCGCUUGAAUCGCCCGCUGAUUCUUCUUGGAGUGCUUCCGGGCGUGCGUCACAGCUUCCUUCAAUUCUGUCAGUUUCGUCGACUCAGUCGCCAGGGUUUGGGUCUUCGGAAGGUUGA